GUCCUCGUCAUCAACCAAAAACCAAAAAACCAUAAAAACCAAAAACCAACAACAACAACAACAACCUCUUAACACUCCGAACAGACUCAUACAACCCAAGCAUGGCUCAACAGUACAUCGGAUCAAGGAUAUCGCUGAUCUCAAAGUCAGACAUCAGGUAUCGAGGGAUCUUACACUCCAUCGAUCCUGCAGCGUCCACCGUCAGCUUGGAACAAGUUCGAUCGAUGGGCACGGAGGGUCGGAAAUCUAACCCCUCCGAAGAGAUCGCUGCGACUGACCAACUAUACGAAUUCAUUGUCUUUCGAGCUGCCGACGUGAAAGAUCUGUCGAUCGAAGCCCCGGCAGAAGCCAAACCAGAACCACCCAAACCGUCGGUUCCCGAUGACCCUGCCAUCAUGAGCACGACUGCCCCACCACGUGCCCCUCCGAAUCCGUACAUGCAACAAAACAUCAUGGGUCCACCCCAGGGAAUGUACAAUAACACCAUGCCGCCCAUGAUGUAUCCGCCCGGUAACGUCCCGCCUCAAUGGCCACCUUACGGUAUGCCCCCACCCGGACAGAUCCAUCCAAUGAUGGGUUUCCCCCCGCAGCCAAUGCCCCCACCAAACGUACCCCUAGCUCAACAGCCCAAUCACCAAUCAAAUCAAACCAAUGUACCCCCGUCAACAAAGCCUAACCCGGCGGCCUCCGCGGGCAAAGCGAUACCUCCUCAUAAGGUCGACGCAACCGGAUCAGCUUUGAAUCAGAAGGCCUCACCCCUGGCAAGUCUAUCGCCCAACAAGCCAUCCAGCUCGUUGGCAUCCAACCCGCUUCCUCCCAGCUCGGCCCAGUCCUCAGGCCCUGGCGGGCCAGUCCUUCCAUCCUCUCAGCCAGCUCGAGGCCCGGCGGGCGUCAAUGGUGCAGCAGGUUCGGGGAAGAGCGUCUUUGGGACCACAACUGCAAUGGAUAUGAUGGCUAGUAUUGCGGCAAUGAGCCCCCAGCAAGGUUCACCUGCUAACCAGCAGGCCAGCUCAACCUCGCAGAAGUUCCCGACCAACUCUGCAAAUAUUCAUCCGAACCAGAACGGUACCCAAGGUGCAAAUUAUGCUCAGUCCGGCGCACUCCAGCCGUCGACCUCCCAAUCCCAGCAACAACAUCAGAUGAGACACCCUUUGCCUCAGGUCCCAAAUAAUAACAAGGCCAAGGCUGCCCCUAAGGCCCAUGGGGCUAGCCAACCCAAUAACUCGAACAGGCCAAACCACCAUCACCAGUCCUCCUCGACGCCAAUCGUACCCGCCCAGGAUUUCGACUUUGCAUCGGCAAACGCCAAGUUCAACAAGGCUGCGCCGCCGAGCAACUCGAUCAAAGCGGAAGACGGCAGCAGUCAGAAGGAGGAUGUCGAGCCCGGUCUAGGUGCGGAGGGGCCUGUCGAUGGGGCUAAGAAGAUCGGCGGGGAAUCGAAGGAGGAGGAUGAUUUUGUGAUCCCCGAGGCUCCCCCGGGGACCUACUACGACAAGAAGAAGAGCUUCUUCGACGAUAUUAGUUCCGAGGUUAAAGAGCGAUCGGCCCUCUCUUCGCAAGACGGUCCUUCCAAACCCAACCCUGGGGGACCCAAUGGGGCAAAUGCUGGACGAGGCGCGCGUGGGGGAGCUGGUGGUCGAGGCGGCAGGGGCGGGAAAGGAUGGGAUCGGAAUGCGGAACGCCAGAAGAACCUGGACACCUUUGGCGAGGUAGCGCUGAACCCGAAUCUGGGUGCCCUAGGCUCAGGAUACAACGGCUAUGGCCGCGGAGGGGCCCAUCGGAUGGGACAGAUCGGAGGGGCCGUCAAUGGCGGAUACAGAGGCAUGCCUGGCAGAGGCCGAGGUGGACCGGGUCGAGGAAACCACCAUCAUCACCAUAAUCAUCAUCAUCACAAUCAUCCCGCGGCAGCUGCUGCGCGUGGUGGGUUCCCGGUCAACCUUAGAGCUAUCCAUCUCGCAGCUGGUGGCGGUCCUUCUCCUGUUAAUCAAUGAUCACCCUUUCCAUCUCUCUCUCUCUCUCUCUCUCUCCUGUCUAAUCUCUGAUACUUCAAACUGAGAAACUUAGACUAGACAACAACAUAACUGGAAGGUGGAGAUGUGUUGAAGCCAUAGUGAUAAGCUUGAUCUAUCCUGGUCAACC